GUCAACUCGAGGUUUCGAUGAUGCGGGAGUUCCAAAGAGGAGUUCAGCUUGAGACGGUUAUGGAGAGAACCAUCAAUUCACCUACCAAAUCAGUACUGGAGAAAGAUUUUGUCCGGAUUCUCUCUGGAAAUAUGAGCAAGGGACCUCGUGGAACUAUUCAGGAUGCUGCUCAAUCUGGCAGUACUUCAGAGAAGGUACAACUGGGCCCGAUCGGAAAGUCUGCCCACCGUGUCAAUAACUCUCUGCAAAAAGCCUUGCUCCAGCUGUAUAAUUGGGAGGAACCACAUGUCCAUUUUGGUUCAGAAGAUAUUGAAGGAACAGAAACUCUACACAUGUACAUUCGGACUUACCAGCAUGCCUUUCUCUCCGGUCGGAAGAUUAUUCCUUGCUCUCUGCAUGGGUAUCCGGUGGGGUCCUCACUGAUCCAGGCAUUAUUUGAUAAUGUCCCCUAUGCGGGUGAGGUGCUCUAUAUUUUCAGCCACCGACAACCAGGUGUCAAUGUCUCGCACAAUGAGAUUUUUGCUGCCGUCCAUUGGAUGGUGCCAUCAAAAUGGAGUCCGCUUGACAACACCAACUUGUGGAGCUCGUUUCCUGAGCUUGGUAUCGAAACCUGGAAAUUCAACAAGUUCUUUGAUUUGGACACGAAUCUUCCACCUAUGAUUAUCCCAUUCAAGAAUAUUCAAUGUCAGGUAUCUCGGUGCAAAGUCACUCAUACGGAUCCUCAUCUUUGGAUUACUACUACAAUGGACCGUUUCAUCACCCCGGCUAUCGCAGCAGGAUUUACGGACGAUAAUGAUUAA